CCAAAGCCUCACGGCAGCAUCUGAUGUGAGGGUACUAUCACUGGGCAGCGCCAUCCCAGCCUCCCACAUCCCCGGAGCUCGGAGUAAUUUUUGAACCAGUUUCAUGACAAGAUGAUCCCUCCACUCCCCAAGUGCCAUCGUGGUGCCAUGAUCGGGCAGCAGACAUCCUUGGGCUGGGCAGGGGUGUGCGAACAGUGCAUCCACAGAUAUUAAACACCAGACAUCAGAGCCCUGGAGGAGCCUGGGGCCAUGCAGCAGCUUGCUGGAAAGGGCUGAAACUCAGCAGCUUUCCUGAAAAUGGUCCAUAUCCAUCCCCAAGGGGCUGCCCCUCUCCAAGCAGGAGCUGCGGGCAUGUCCAGGUAGUUGCUGUGUCACCCUCUUGCAGCAGUGUCAGGGGCCAGUAGUCACCCUGCUUCUCCCUGGAGGUAACUGCAUGUCCAGUGACAGCCUGUUAAUUGCCUGUGUGUAAUCCCCAACGUGCUGAUGCUGCUUUGCAUGGAAACUUGGGGGCUGUGACACCCAGAUGUCAGGCUGAAGUGCUCUGGGGAAGGCUCAGCAAUUUUUUUUUUUUAACUUGGAAUUUAAAACUGAAUAAAAAGAACAUUUUUCCUUCUCAUCCUUUUGCCAACAACCUUUUUAUCAUGAGAAGAGAACCAUGUUCUCCCUUGGGUAGUCUGGUGGCUGCCAGGUCCCUGUCGGCUGAGGAGCCAGGGCCUCAGAAAGGUGACUUUGUGGUAGGGCUGGGCUGUUGUUUUACUGUUGGGCCCCUGCACAGACCUAAUAAAUCACGUUUGCCACAUCAGCAGUAGCAGCCAGUGUCGGUGUGAGCAGCUUUCUUCCAAGAAGUGGAUAAUCCAGAUGACCAGAGUCUCUGCAAUCUGAGCUGCAAGUUCAGCUCAGCUUCAGCAGGAGCCCUGGAAGAUGCUGCUGCAGUAGCUGCUGCGUUGCCGGAGGGACCUCGCUGGAAGGAGAACAGGGGGCAAAGCCAGAUCCCACAGCCACGUGCUCACCUCCCUGGGCUGGAGAACUCCCAGCAGGGUCUUGUUCAUUCCCACUGAUCAGGUCUGUGUGAGGGGAGCUGGGCUGCUUUUUCUUGUUUGAGGCUCUAUGAUAACCUGGAUUGCAAUCGCGAUUUAGAUGCUCUAAGGCUAAAAAUAAGAAUAGAAAAAAAUCCAUGUGUGCUUUAAGUAAAUGCUUUAGAGGCUGUUUGAAUGGGAUGGUUUGCAAAGAGGGGCACUGCCUCUUAUUAACUCUCCCCAGAGCGUGGGAGGGAAUAGGGGAGCUAGUGUGAUGGUGUCCUUAGGUCUGUGUCCCUCAUGGAGCACCUUGCUGCAGCUGUGGACCUGCCAGGACACUGCAGGAGAGGCCACAGAGCCUCAUCUGCUGCUUGGUGCCAGGCUGCUGCUCCUGGGGAGGAAGCCAGGGCUCUGUGCAAAGGUGUCUGUCCUCCACCCCCCCUUGUUUUGUAACCUCUGGCCCUGGGGCCACACCCUGGCCUCUUGCUCUGGCAGGCAGGGCACAGGCUGGGCCAGGUCUGCCCCGGGGCUGGGAGAUGCUGUUUGCCCUCCCAGGGCUUAAGAGGUUUGCAGACCCCAAGGGGCUGCACUGUUCCUUGGGGUACAUCAGGGUACCUUGGGCACAAAGAGGGGGGGCAACAGCAGCUGCCUGCUUAGCCUGGUAGUGCUGAGCAUCGAAUCUGACUCUGUAAGCUCAUUAGGGGAAGAAAGCUGCUUUAGAGGAUGUGAUGGAUUUGAGUAAAGUGAUUGGGCAGGGGAAGGGGCAGUGGGGUGAUGGCUGGUGGGAAAGUAGGACUGUUGAGAGGAGCAGGAGGAAUGGGGGGCCUGGGCAGAAUGGCUUCCCUGCAUCACCUAAUACAGGGGUUCCUAAUCAGCUAUCCUGGUUUAGCCUGGUGCUGAGUCCCCCAUGAAAGCAUGGGGGGAUCCCCCGUCUCUGUGGAGGUCCUGAGUGCCACCACCCUGCCCUGAGCCUCCUGCCCAGGACUGCUCUGCUCUACAGACACCCGGCACAGAGGGAGCAGUCGUUGUCUUUCCCAGCUCUGUCACCUCCUAAGAGUGGGUGCAGGAACUGGCCUUUCAUCGAAAGCAGAGGUCACCUGACCACCUGCAGCCCACUCCACCCGCCCCGGCCGGCACAGGGAGCUCCCAGCUGCUCUUGUGCAUCUCCUUUAAAGGCCUUCUCUCAUCUGGCUUGUCCCUGGCAGCUCCUUCUGCUGCAGAUGCAGUUGCUCUCCCCUCCGGGGAGGCUCUGCUGCUGGCAGCUUGCACCGUGUGGGGCUCCAGCACCCCCCGACCCACCAUCUGCCAGCCACGCCACGUCCCCUGACCCCCUCCUGGGUCUGAUGGGGGCCCAACAGCGCUGAGUGCUGGGUCUGAGAUGGGUGGCCCCAGCAUCUGCCUUCGGCUGCUUGAGACGAGUUCAGGCAGGCUCUGCGAGUCGGCUGAUGGCCCUGCUCGAUGCUGGGGUGACCUAGACUGAGCUCGGCCAAGGCUUGCACAGGUAUGGGGGGCUUCAAGCAGUCCCUGCUCUCUGUCCCCUUAAACUUCUGCUGUAUUUCUUGUCCUGGCCAGAAAACUUCUCCUUCUGCCCCAUAUCUGCAUGUUUGUGGGAACAGCCUCUGAGGAGAUGUGUCCUGUGGGACAGUCCCUUCUGCACAGUGACUUUACCCUGGGCUGGGAGAGGGACUCUGUGGGCUUUCUGCAUCUUUCUCUAAUUCUUCAAAUGUUAUAAAACAGCUUAAAAGAGUUGUCCAAGCUCCCUUGGACUCGGAAAUCUUUCAUAUUAGUCUCUCUGGGAGCCAGUGUUGCAGGAAGAUGCUUGGAGAUUGCUCUGUCUGCAGCCUGGGGGACAGUGGGUCGCUCUCACUCUGCACUGGGUGCUCACACUGGUUGGUGGGUGCAAAAUUACCUCCCCACACAGAGAUGACCCACAUCACAAGCCCCAGGCAAAAGUCCCCCCUCGGCGCUGCCCACAAAUGGGGCUUGUAUUAAAUUCCUCACUUGCCUUGCACCAUGCCCACCUGAAUCCCACCAGCCUCCUCCUGAAUCACAGUGGGCCUCCCCACCUCUUUUCCCACAUGCCCCCAUGCUAAGCAGAGGAGCUCGGAGCUCCUGCUGGGUGAGAAAAUGCUUUAAAAAUAUAACAUUUAGAGGCGUUCUCCAUCUGUGCACAGCUACUGCGUGUCUCUCAUGAUAGGUGUGCUGGUCCUGGAGCCUCUGUGCUCCACAAAUGAAGCCACUCACAGGGACCUCAUUGGGAGAGGGGGAAGAGGAGGCGCAGGGACUCACCCAGGGGCGCCGGCGGCGGCAGCGGCAGAGAAUGAGCUGCCAACCCGGCCUCUCACCUCGGAGGGAGCAGCAGGCAGAGCUGUCCGGGCUCCCCACGUCUCCAGAUGAAGGCAGGAUGAGCAGUCCCCAGAGGCACCCAGAGAGGGUUUUGGCUGGGAGCCAGCAGAGUGCGGAGCGUGUCAAUGAGGUGCCAGGCAGGGACAGGCAGGAGCAGGCUGCUCACAUCGGGGACAGUGACAGGACUGAAGAAGGUGCAGAAACCCUGGAGGAGCCAGUGCUGAGUUUCCCCAGUGAGCUCUCGGUGCUGGACAGACUAGGCUUGCACAGGGUGGCUUUGACAGAGCAGGAUCUGGAGGCAGCCUUUGCCCACCUCGCGCUGGCUUUUCGCUGUGACAUGUUCACCCUGCAGCAACGGGUUCAGGUGGAGAAACGGGCACGGGAUGCAGCAGAGGAAAACAUCCAGGAGGAGCUGGGGCAGUGCCGGGCUGCCCUGGAGAGGCUGGGUCCAUCCUGUGCCAGUGUGGGCUGCAAGGAGAUGCUGGAGCAGCUGCAGCACAACCUGGCUGUGCUGUCAGCAGCUGUCGAGCGGGCAACCAGCGCUGCAGAGAAGCUGGGGGCUGUACACCAGGAGGCCCGGAUGAGCCGAGCAGCAGAGGUGAUGGUCCAGCACGUGGAGAACCUGAAGCGGCACCACAUGCGGGAGCACGCGGAGCUGGAGGAGAUGAAGCGCCUGAUCCAGCAAAACUCCCGCAACCGGCAGCUGGCAGAGACCCAGGAUGAUGUGGAGCCACGGCUGAGGCCUCACCCCCUGAAGCGAACUUUCCAUCAGGGGUCUGCCCGCCGCAGAGUCAGCAUCGCUGUCAUCCCCAAGCAGCUCUUGCCAGGUGCCAGCCCUGACAGCCGAGCAGCCCUGGCAGGUGAGACGGAGCCAGAGGGGGCCCAGCGCUGGCCCAGCACCCAGAGGAGUGAACUGGAGCCACAGGGCCAGGGCAGUGCAAUGACUGAGGAGCUGGUGGCUGAGGCAGAUGGCAGAGGCUCAAGGGCAGGGGAUGAGGAGCCGGAGCAGCUUGGGCUGACGUCCAAGGGAUCCGCAGUGGAGCUGUGGCGGCCGUGGCUCUUCCUCCCGCAGCACUACUGGGUUUUCUUCUGGCUGCUUCUCCUGAGCAUCGCCUUCCUCCUCCUCAUCCGUGCCCUAGAGCUGCAGCGGCUGCAGUCUGCAGCAUCGCCCAAGGCCUAGCUGGACCAGGGAGGGGAAGGCAGCUGGGAGGUGUCACUGCUCCUUCCCCAUGCCAUAAAUCACCAAAGCUCUAGAAUAAAAAGUUAGAGGAAAAA